AUGACAAUCUCAUUUCCAUUUCCUGUUCCUUCUAGCAGCCCAUUCGGGGUUUAUAAUAUCCCUUUCGGGAUAUACAGUACUUCGGGAACAACGCCUAGGGUUGCCACUGCCGUCGGGAACUAUGUGCUCGAUCUAGAUACCCUACUUCAGCAUGGCAUUCUUGCAGACCCGAUAUUGACACAUUCCCUUGGCGAUGUUUUUCUAAAACCAUACCUCAAUGACUUCGCCGCACUUCCAAUCUCUGAUCGUCGAACAGUCCGCGCGAUCAUCAUCCAUCAUCUUACCACUGCUGAUUCUCCGUUGUUCAAAGACGAGUCUCUGCAGCAGAAGGCUUUCAUUCCGAUCCAAAAUGUCACCAUGCACCUGCCUAUGCGGCUUACGGACUAUACCGAUUUCUACUCCUCGCUGGUGCAUGCCGACAAAGCCGGCAAAGCAAUGAACAUCCCCAUUCCACCCGCCUUCUACGAAUACCCAAUGGCCUACAACGGCCGCGUCUCUUCCGUCGCAGUUUCUGGCACAGAAGUCAUCCGUCCCAAGGGUUUCUUCCUCCGCAAUCCUAAAGACAAGCACGUCGAGUACCAAGCCUCUCAAGAACUCGACUUUGAAGUUGAAAUGGGCUGUUUCAUUUCCCUACCGGUAGCUCCGGGAAAUGUGGUGAAUGCCAAGGAUGCGUGGAAGCAUGUUUUUGGAUACGUCCUAUUGAACGACUGGUCUGCCAGAGACGUGCAGAAGUAUGAAAUGCAUCCGUUUGGACCGCUUCAUUCAAAGAGUUUUCUUACGAGUAUCUCACCCUGGGUGGUUACGCCAGAUGCGCUGAGGGGCAGUAUUGCGAGGCCGGUGGAAUCUAAUUACUCGUCGGAGCUGUCGAGUCAUCUACGAAAUGAUCCUGAUAACCAUGCGGGGUAUGAUAUUGAUUUUUCGGUGACAUUAUCUCGCAAAAAAUCAGACCCUGUCCAAAUAGUACAGACAAAUCUGACAGACGCCUACUGGGACUCUCUGCAGAUGAUUGCGUACCAAUCAUCAAGCGGCUGUGGCCUCAAUACUGGCGACCUUUUGGGAUCUGGCACGACUUCCUCCCCUACUCCCCAAACAAGAGACUCCAAUACUCCCUCAGGAUGUGGAUGUCUCUUCGAGGCAAAUGCUUGUGGGGAACCGCUGCCGCUUGUCGCUGGUGAGAAAGUAGUAUGGCUGGAAGAUGGAGACACUCUUACGAUUGAAGGCUGGUUUACUACUCCUGAUGGGAAGAGGGCUGGGUUUGGCCCAUUGAGUGGGUUGGUGCAGCCGACGAGGGAGGCGGUUUGA